AUCUUGGUUUUAUUUGUUAGAUUUUUGCCUGAAGCUUGCUUAAAUUGUCUGUUGAAAAUGUCAAAAUUACGAAAGUCGAAUGACAGGGCUAAUUCAAGAGCGUCCAGGUCGUCCAACCCGCCUGCUUCUGCCCCUGCGGCUACCCCUGCCACAGAUGAAGUUCCCUCCCCAUCAGCACCAGUCCCAAAGACGGAGACACCUAUUAGCUUAGAUGUUCCUUCGACCAAGAAGCGCCGCCUCGAAUAUUUGCGGAGCGGCAUAGAUUCCGAUUGUGAGGUGCAUGUGGCGAAGAAUCCGAGUAUUGCUGAUGAUGGUGCCAGCACCUGUUAUAGGAAAUUUAAAUGUCAUCGCCUAUUUCUGGCAACCGCAUCUGAGAAACUGGAACAUGACAUUUUCGAAAAUAAAAACUGGAACGGAGUAUUGCAAAUUAAUGGAGUCUCGCCGCAGAGUGUGGAAAUCUUUCUGGAAUUCAUUUACACCUUUGAACUGGCAACGGCGCAAAUCGAUCUAUUCCUUAUUGGGGAUAUAUUCAUAUUAUCCUGUGCAUAUAAUUUACCAGACCUCCUGCUGAGCUUCUCGCAAGAACUAAAGAAUAUUACAUGGCCAUUAGCUGGCAUAUUACCAGCCUUCAAUCUGGCAUUCCGUCAUAAUAUUUAUGAUCUGGAAAAUUUUAGCAUAACCAAAAUUUUAGAAAACGCAGCUGCUCUUAAAAACGAGCCUGGACUUAAAAAACUACAGAUUUAUGCAUUUAACUACGUCAUCCAGUUCUGGCUAGCCACCGAGGCGUUAUCCACAAACGAAAUAAUUCAAAUAGUACAGGAGUACCAGAAAGAAAAUAAUUUAAUAUUUAAAAAUGCACAACAAUUUCCACAUUUCAUUAAGAUUAUCAACUAUUUUCCCAGCAUGCUUCUGGACGCCGAAGGAUUCAUUGUUCGUUCGCCUUAAUUAAUGACGACCGAAGUUAACAAGUUAACAUGGCUAUGUAAAUUCUAACAUUGAAAAAAUUUCAGUGUAAUAAAACAGUCUUCUGGUAUCUUGUUAACAUAA